UGGUACCGCCACCCAACCAUACACGAAGGAGGAGGAGGAGAAGAUGGCCGCCAUCCUGCAGGAGAGGAAGGAGAAGAAGGAGGCCAAGAAGAAGGCCUUGAAAGAGGAAUAGGCAGCCAAACUAAAGAACAUGGAAGAAGAGAUGGUCAGGGAGAAAGAGAGGUUGAAAAAGGAAGAAGAAGAGAAGCUGAAGGAGGUGGAUGAAGAAGAGGAAGGACCGCCACUGCAAAAGAGUGGGCAUCACAGCGGCAACAGCAGUGAUGAGACGGAGAAGAAGAUUUCGGCGUGGGUCGCCAACUUAUCCCUGGGUGAGGAGGAAUAGGUUGCUAUGUACAUCGCCAAGGAUGAGCAAGAAGCCGCCAUGAAGAAAUGGGAAGCAGAAGAAGAUGUUCUUACGCGGCGGGCGAUGGAGGAUGAACAGAGGAUGGCGUGGAAGCUCGCAGUGAUGAGGGAGAAGAAGAGAAGAGUGGAGGCGGCGAAUGCAGCAAUGCAAGAACUAGCGGAGGUGAGGACUGCCUUAACAACACAAUUGACUCUGCGAGUAGAUCUCCAACGCAAAGUGGAGAUCAUCGCCCAGAGCUUUGACCGGUUAGCUCAAGUGCAAGAAAAGCACUAUGAGCUUAGUCGCAGCCAGGAGAUAUCCGUGCGUUCGAUGCGAACGGGAUUACGGGAUUUUGCUCGCGGACUAGUAGGCGCUGUGGGAUCCGAGGUGAGUUAUCGCCUCGAGAAGACUGAGCGUUUUUGUAUCGUCGCCAUCGAAGGCGUCAAGGUGGCCGCUCCCAAGGAGGAGAAGGCCCGUCCUCGCAGGGAGCCAGUCAAAGUCAAAUUCCCUGAUUCCUACAGUGGGAAAAGGGAAGAGAACUUUGACAAUUGGGAGGCCAAUGUUAAGACCUAUGUGCAUUUGCAACAGGUCUCCCCGGAUCAGCAGGUCUUAAUUGCGAUCCAUGCACUUAGAGACGAGGCCCCCAGUUUCGCGAGAUCCCCUGUUCGUGUUGCCAAUUGUAGCCGGUGUCUAGACAGCUGUCCCGAGACUGCUUGUGUUAGAGUUUCGCUAGACACCUCCCUCACUGGCGUGGCGGAAGAGUUGAAGGAGAGGAGGCCCGCCUGGGCCAAGAUGAAGAAGGAGAAUAAAGGGCAACUGAUUUUAUUAGAUGCAGAGAUUUUUAGAAGUAGAGUAGGGGCCCUAGUAGACUCAGGGGCCACCCGCAGCUAUAUUGGUAAGCAAGCGCUGCAGAAGUUGAGGCUGGGACUUAAGGUCCAGAAACUGACAGACCUCAUAGUUAGUAUCCUCGCUGACAAUCGUACCAUGGUUGUAGAGGAUUACGUAGAGGGAGUUCAGGCGUAUUUCCGCCUAGAGAAAGAUGGGAAGGUGGAGAAGGUCCUCCACUCCCUGACUCUCCUCGUAGAGGACAGCCUCCCGUUUGAUAUAGUACAGGGAAUGGAUUGGGGAGAGGCAGCCGGGGCAACGCUCCAUCUAAAGGAGCACAAGUGUAAACUCCCUAGUUCUGCAGGCGAGGCUAAGACUGCCCGCCUGUUUCAUGUGUCAGGAGUAGAGAGUUCCUUGGCACAUUGCUGCCUUAGUGCCCCUGCGUUCGUCAGAUUGGUGAAGAAGGAGAAAUUAGAGGAACAGGUCUUUGUUGCCUAUGUUAGGUCCGUCACUGAGCCUACGGAAGAGAAGCCGAUGGACCCUGCGAUUGCCAAGCUGCUGGAGGAGUUUAAGGAUUUGACUGAGACGCCGACAGGCACGGUGCCGCGGCCCAUCCAGCACCGUAUCGAGAUAGAGCCUAGCAGUAGAACUUCGCAAGCAAUUAGACGAGUUCCUCGAGAAGGGUUGGAUUAGGCCCAGUUCGUCUCCUUUCGGAGCGCCUGUCCUCUUUGUUCCUAAGAAAGAGGGAGAGCUGAGAAUGCGCAUAGACUAUAGGGGUCUGAAUGCUAUUACAGUAAAGAAUGCUGAGCCAC